UCCUAAUUAUAAUUUCAAAAAUGGCGGCGUUGGUUGCGCCUCGCCUGGCCUUGUUUGGCUGCUUCUCAACGAGACCCAUUUCAGCAUUUGCCAUUCAGCAGAAGAGUCUGCACCACAAUGCUAAGAGCGAGAAUGCUACUGCAAGUGUUGUCCCUAUGAGGGAGAAGAGCACAGCAAUGGCUGCAGCCAAGCCAGCAGCUGUGGCCAGCAGUAAGGGGGAGUAUGUCAUCACCAAGUUGGAUGACCUGAUCAACUGGGCUCGUAGGAGCUCCCUGUGGCCUAUGACCUUCGGUCUAGCAUGCUGUGCUGUGGAGAUGAUGCACAUGGCGGCACCCCGGUAUGACAUGGACAGGUUCGGCGUAGUGUUCAGGGCUAGUCCAAGGCAGGCUGAUGUUAUGAUUGUGGCAGGAACCCUGACCAACAAGAUGGCUCCAGCUCUGCGGAAGGUAUAUGACCAGAUGCCAGAGCCAAGAUACGUUAUUUCAAUGGGAAGCUGUGCCAAUGGAGGGGGCUACUACCAUUACUCCUAUGCUGUGGUCAGAGGUUGUGACCGUAUUGUACCCGUGGACAUCUACGUUCCAGGCUGCCCCCCCACGGCAGAGGCCCUCCUCUAUGGGACCCUACAGCUGCAGAAGAAAAUCAAACGUGAGAAGAAGCUGAAGAUCUGGUAUAGGAAAUGAAUGCUAGUGUGUGUGUACAUGUGUGUUUCUGGUUGUUUGUAAAUGUGGUGUCUCUGGAUGGUUUGGUGAGCAAGGUGACAGUUUCUCCUGGAGCUGCUCUGGGUUGAGCACCAGCUCCUCCUUCAUGUAGAGAAUCAGUAACUAACUUUAAUAAAGUCAUCCCUGUAAUUU